UAAAAGAACCGAGAGCGAAAUGGGCGAGCGAUUCGAACUGCUGUUUGUAUAUAUUAACUUGAAAACGACGUCGUUCGGAGGUACCAGUCAACCUCAGUUGCUGAGCUGAUACUAUACUGCUCGCAAAACCCUAGCAAAUUGAAGGUCAAUUGAACAGAUAGAUCCAAGUACAGGGAUUUCAAGCAUAAUUUUGGUUUGUACAAAUGGCUACAUCUGGGGAUUUUAUGCUUUCAGCGGUUCUGAAUCCAUACAAAGUUGCUCCGAUUCGCGCUGCAACACAAGUUCCUCCAUCUAAGGUAGAUUUCAGUGUGUUUGCUAACGGGACUUCGAGUAUUUCCAAAUCAGUACGCUAUUGUCAUAUCAGUCGGUGUCACUCAGACAGGGCUCUCGGAAAUCUCGAAGGGUAUAAGCUGUCGCAAGACACGGAGACCUUCCUCCACAAUACGAUCAAUAUGAGCUUCUUCGAGCGCCUAAACUUGGCAUGGAAGAUCAUAUUUCCCUCACCAUCGGAGAGAAGAAACUCCAAUGCGAGUGUCGCGAAGCAGCGCCUGAGAAUGAUUCUGUUCUCCGAUCGAUGCGCAGUCAGCGAGGAGGCGAAGCAGAAGAUAGUGACGAACGUGGUGAAGGUGCUCUCCGAUUUUGUCGAGAUCGAGUCUCGUGACAAAGUUCAGCUCAGCGUCUCGACUGAUCCCGGCCUCGGCACAAUUUAUUCUGUGACUGUGCCGGUGCGACGCGUGAGAUCUGAAUACCAAGCUGAGAAUGACGGGGCGACUAUAGUGAAUGUCGAGUACAAGGACACGGGGAAAACGAGCGGCUGCGUCGACGUGAAAUUCGAUUUCUAUAUCCCACAGUGAGUAAUCGAGAGAGAAAGAAACAGUUUUGUGGCUGCCAUGGGAAUAUUUGGUUUGCUUGAGGAGUUCUAUGAUGAAACUUGAGAGGCUGAAAUUUGUACAUAUUUUUCAUAUUUCUUUUGGGUUGUCUAAGAAAAAAGAUUGUCUGAAGUAGACUUAAAUGAACGUUCGAACUGUCUGGGUUUUGAAAUGGAAUCGAAAUAUCGAAUUAUUUUA